GCAUGGUAGCGUGCGGUGUUAGCUGUGGUGGUGUCCUCGCUUGUGUCUGCAUUUCUGACUAAAAAUCCUUCAUGACACCGACCUAAAGUUGUUAAAAGGUUGAAUCGCUCGCUAUUGGCUCAGCCGUCAAACAUGGGAGCAAAUAAUAGCACGCGACGGGUCUCCUUUGAGUCGGAUGAGAAUGAUAACAUAACGAUUGUGAAGGGCAUAAGGCUCUCUGAGAAUGUCAUCAACCGCAUGAGGGAACCCGCAGCCCCACCACCACGCAGCCGCCCCCCACCUCCCCCCGUGACCCCAACGCUCCUUCCCCCGGUCCUCAUGCCUCCUCCCGUCGAACACUUGCCCACCAUUGUCCCAAUAGUCCCUCCGUUCGACCCCAUCACCUCCAUGCCACCUCCACCCCUGUCAGAGCCCAUCAAAGUGCCUCCACCACCUCCUCCUGAGCCUGUGGCUGCGGAGGCGGUCGCCCCACCACCACCUCCUCCAGUAGUCGAGGAGCCUGCUGCUCCCCCUCCCCCUGUUAUCACUCUGCCAGCCAUCACUGAGGCACCCGUGGCUCCUGUUCCAGUCGUGGAAGCUGCUGCUGCUGCUGCACCCCCUCCUGCCCCUGAGCCGGUGUCAGUCCCACCUCCCACUCCUGUAGUUGAACCAGUUGUAGAAUCACCACCUCCUCCUCCACCUGUAGUUGAGCCAGUGGCUCCACCACCACCUGCACCUGUUGUUGCUGAGCCAGUGGCAGUACCUCCACCUGUUGUUGAAGCACCUCCACCUCCACCCCCCGCCGAGCCCAUUGCUCCCCCUCCACCUGUGGAAGUGACGGUCCCACCAGUGCUGGAGGAGAUCAUUUCACUUUCUCCUGUGGUGGAGGCUGUUGCACCACCACCACCGCCACCUGCUGCUGAGGUACCUGCUCCUCCUCCACCCGUAGAAGUUGCUGCUCCAGUUGAACCAGUUGCCCCACCACCACCUGUUGAAGUGGUUGCUCCACCACCCCCAGUUAUGGAGGAGGUUGCCACUCCUCUUCCACCACCCCCCUCUGUUGAAGUUGUUGCUGCAGCUGAAGCACCUGUUGCUCCACCAGCAGAACCUAUUGCCCCUCCACCUGUCGUAGAGGUUGUGGAGGUAGUUGCUCCGUCUGUGGAGGUUGUAGAGAUCGUUUCGCCACCUGUGGAAGUGGUUGUGCCUCCACCUGCUCCGGUUGAGGUCGAGGUUGAGGUACCCGUUGCUGCUGUGGCUGAGGCGGAGCCAGUCGUCGCUCCUCCAGUCGAAGUGGUGACUCUUCACAUUGUGGAGGAGCCUGUGGUGUUGAUUCCAGCUGUGGACGAGGCGGAGCUGAGGAGGAAGAUCACGGAGGAGCUGCAGGCCGGCCUGGAGAAGGAGCGCACCAAGGCCCAGGAGGAGCUUGACCAGUGGCUGGAAGAGCAGCGUGUCCAGACCCACGAGCAGGCGGCGGCCGAGGCCCAGGCACAGGCCAGGGAGGAGGUGAGCCGCAUCCUGGACGUGGAGCUCUCCACCUCCGAGGACAGCCUGCAGAGGGCGCUGCUCAGGGAGAGGGUGGUCACCGAAGACGAGCGCCUACGCGUACAGCUUUAUGCUAAGCAGCUGGAGGAGAGGGACAAAGAGCUGAGGAAGCAAGACGCCUUCUACAGGGAGCAGGUGGCCAAGCUGGAGGAGAAGAGUGCCCAGUUCUAUAAGGUCACCACGGAGAACUACCACAAGGCUGCCGACGACCUCAACGCCAAGUUCAAGCGGUACGAGAUCAGUCCGGUUUGUGUUGAUCUGCAGGGCCAGAUCCUGAGGUGCUACCGGGAGAACGCCGGCAAGACACUGCUCUGCUCCGGCAUCGCCGAGCGCUACCUGCAGUGCGUCAACCAAGCCAAACAGAACAAGCUGAGGACAGGAGGCUAAUCUUUUCCCUGGUGGUUGGGGUGAGAGGAGCGACGAUUUCCGAAUCCUUGUGGCAUUUAUACCGCACCAACUGAACCUGACCUGAACCAGACCGGACAUGGAUCCAGAACCAGAACCCAGCACCAGACCCGAACACGGACCUAGACCUAGCCAGCACCAGGAGAAUGGGGAGUGACCACUAACCAAAACCGACCCCUACAGUCAAGUCAAGAGAGAAACCGUUACAUACCGUACAGAGAAACAGUCAUAUACCGUACAGAGAAACAGUCAAAUACCGUACAGAGAAACAGUCAAAUACCGUACAGAGAAACAGUCAUAUACCAUACAGAGAAACAGUCAUAUACCAUACAGAGAAACAGUCAAAUACCGUACAGAGAAACAGUCAAAUACCGUACAGAGAAACAGUCAAAUACCGUACAGAGAAACAGUCAAAUACCGUACAGAGAAACAGUCAUACAGUCAAACCCUGUGGCCAGACAGAUGGAUGCCUACCCACAAUCCCUCACACUCACUGUUCCUUCAUCCCCUCUUCCACCUUUUCACCCAAGAUCCUCUUCCCUUCUUCCCUGACCUCCUCCUACGUGUUCCCACCAUCCCUUACCCAACAACAACCUUUCCCUUUGUCCAUCUUUCCCAAAACUCUGAACACAAAUGGGGCAAGGAGAAAGAGGGGUGAUCGGUUCCACUAACCCAAAAGAGCACAGUGAGUAGUAGUAGAGGUUGUGGCGCCAACAGAGAGACCUACAGUAUACGGAUAGGAGCACUGGAGAUCACGGCAACCAAAUGCCUCACACCGACACAGGCGCCAAGUUCUAGAUAGCCGAGGAGAACACACUAACAAGCAAACGUACAGAAACACAAAGCGAACAGAAACAAACAGAAUGUGAAGGACAAAUCAUGCAACCGAGCCCUGACUC